CGGUUUUACGUUAGCGGCGGCCAUUUUCUUCUCACACCUCCGUUUCAAAGACAGCCAACCAGCUCUCGGACUACAAACCACAGUUUCAUUCAAAAAACUCCGCAAACAAAAACUUCCAACCGCCACCGGAGAACCGUUCCAAGCGCGACUCGGAGGCCGCAGCGUACACCGGGCCGAAGUGGAACUCGGAGGAGUGUUUAUUUGAGCUGAAGUGGGUGUCUGUAGCGUGAAACGAUAUGGCGACCGCAACCCCGAGCCGCGCGUCGGCCGCGCAAACGCCGCUGAGCCCCGCGCGGAUCUCGCGUCUGCAGGAGAAACAGGAGCUGAGCGCGCUUAACGACCGCCUGGCCGUUUACAUCGACCGCGUGCGGUCCCUCGAGCUCGAGAACGACCGGCUGCUCGUCAAAGUCUCCGAGAAGGAGGAAGUCACGACCAGAGAGGUGUCUGGGAUAAAGUCUCUCUACGAGGCCGAGCUCGCGGACACCAGGCGUGUGCUUGACGAAACGGCGCGUGAAAGAGCCAAACUUCAGAUCAAUCUGGGAAAAGCCAACUCGGAGCUCGAGGAGGUCACCCGCAACUAUAAGAAGAAGGAUGGAGACUUGGCUCUGGCUCAGGCUCGAAUCAAGGAACUGGAAGCGCAGUACAACAAGAACGAGGCGGCUCUCAACACGGCGCUCAGCGAGAACAAGUCUUUAUCCGCUGAACUCGCCGACCUGAAGGCUCAGCUGGCCAAAGCUGAAAACGCUCACGGUGUGGCCAAGAAACAGCUGGAGGCGGAGACGCUGAUGAGGGUGGAUCUGGAAAACCGCUGCCAGAGUCUGGCGGAGGAGCUGGAGUUCAGGAAGAGCAUGUUUGAGGAGGAGGUGCGUGAGACUCGCCAGCGUCGUGAGAAGCGCAUGGUGGAGGUGGAUUCGGGCAUGCAGCAGGACUACGAGUUCAAGCUGGCGCAGGCGCUGCAGGAUCUGCGCAGACAGCACGAGGAGCAAGUGCAGAUCUACAAGGACGAGCUGCAGCAGACCUUCAAGGCCAAGCUGGAUAAUGCCAAGGUGUCGUCUGACCUGAAUGAUAAGGCAGUGCUCACUGCCCGCGAGGAGCUGCAGGAAGCCCACAUGAGGAUCGAGGGCCUGAGCUAUCAGCUCAGUGCUCUGCAGAAACAGGCAUCUGCCGCAGAGGAGCGCAUCCGCGAGCUGGAGAGCAUGCUGUCCAGCGACCGGGACAAGUACCGCCGACAGCUGGACGCCAAGGAGCGCGAGAUGGCCGAGCUGAGGGAGUGCAUGCAGCAGCAGCUCAACGAGUACCAGGAGCUGCUGGACGUCAAACUGGCCCUGGACAUGGAGAUCAACGCCUACAGGAAGCUGCUGGAGGGCGAGGAGGACAGGCUGAAGUUGUCCCCCAGCCCGUCCUCACGGGUCACGGUGUCCCGCACCACAGCGAGCAGCACUUCUACGUCUUCACGUAGCACCCGCGCCAAGAGAAAGCGCGUGGAGCUGGAGGAAGCGUCCACCGCGGCUCCUAAAGUGCAGAUCAGCCAGGAGGCCGAAGCCACGGGCAGCGUCAGUAUCGAGGAGAUUGACCUGGAGGGGAAAUCGGUGACCCUCAGGAACAACUCUGACAAGGAUCACUCUCUGGGCAGCUGGCGACUAAAGAGACAAAUUGCCGAUGGAGAGGAAAUCACCUAUAAAUUCAGUCCCAAGUUUGUCCUGAAGGCCGGCCAGACGGUAACGGUGUGGAGCGCCGAUGCCGGCGUGUCCCACAGUCCUCCUUCAGACCUGCUGUGGAAGAGCCAGAGCUCUUGGGGCACCGGAGAGAAGAUCCUCACCUUACUGGUCAAUUCCAGCGGAGAGGACGUGGCAAAGCGAACCGUAACUAAAAGCGUGAUAGAAAUGGAGAACGGUGAUGACGAGGAGGGAGACUUUGGAGACGAAGAUCUCUUCCAUCAGCAGGGCGAUCCAAAGACCCGAUCCAGAGAAUGUGCCGUCAUGUGAUGGAGCCGCGCACUUUUAGUAUUUUCCUUCCCACGAUUCAGUCUUUUUUGUAGAGCCACUACUUUUGUAUUUUUCGAAUCAUGAGUUUAUAACGCCCCUCCCUCGAUCCAUUAUUUGUACGGACCUCAUUUGUAAAGCCAGUUAAUCUUGAGCUGCGAUGCUAUUUUUCAGUCGCCGCUUAUCAAUGAAUAGUCUUUCCAGACGUCCCGUAGGAGUCGAAGCGCUUCAGAACGGCAGCGACAUCCCAUUACGUACCGUUGGCGAAUGCCAUCCGAGAAUGAGUCAAAGGACCUGAAAUUAGAGAGUAUCUGUGCGAGCCGGUGACUAACGAAUCUGCAUAUUCAUGUCAAUGAAUCAUGCAUUUUCUCGUCACCGUGGGGUUAUGAAUGGGGGAAUUAUUUUUGUUCUGUAGUGCACUAUAGCCCGUAACUGACAGCUGUCGCUUAGUGUACCUUAUGUUUUUGUGCUUCGCCAACCAGAUGAACAGGGUGGAAACGAAACUAGAUUAUUCUAAAUGACCGUCUAAACGUCAUGUGUUUUGAUUCAUGCUUUACAUAGUGUUAUGUAUGUUUGAAUCAGUGACUGAGACAUUUGAGAUCCCUGCUCAACCUAAAUAUAUAACAAACACAAAUGGUAACCAGAAUAGUGCUUUCUGAUGAGUACAAUGUAAAAAGACUACUCAAUUUAGUAUUCAAAGGAGUUCAAGUUCAUUUAAAUAUUCAAAACGUUUUCAGUUUAUUCAAAUAU